AUGGCUGUUGACUUUGCCCAGGUCCUGGCAGAGAUCGGGGGCUUUGGCACCUUCCAGAUCCGGCUGCUGGUCCUCAUGUGCAUCCCCAGCUUCUUGAUGGCCUACUCCAUGUUUGCCCAGGUCUUCAUGGUUUUGGAAGAGCCUCACCACUGUGCCCUUGCUAGCUGGGUCCAGAACAGCUUUCCCAACCUGACUGCCGAGGAGAAGCUGAAUCUCACUGUGCCUAGGACUGAGACUGGGGAAUUGGAGUCCUGCCUCAUGUACGUGCCACCCCCUGCAGACUGGAGCCUCGAGGACAUCCUGCGCUACGGCCUCAAUGACACACAGCCUUGCCAAGAGGGCUGGCAGUACCCGGAGAAGAACCCACCCUCUCUGGAGAAUGAGUUUGACCUGGUCUGUGAGUGGAAGCAUGAAAAAGAGACCUCCCAAUCUGUGUACAUGGCUGGACUUCUGGUUGGGGCAGCCAUCUUUGGACCUCUCUGUGACAGGAUUGGCCGAAGGCCCACCAUUCUUAUCUUGCUGGUCCUCUAUGCUGUGUUUGGCUUUGGGACAGCCUUUGUUCCUGACUUCUACCUCUACAUGGCUUUCCGGUUCGCCAUGGCCAUGGCAGUGUCUGGCUAUUUCAUCAGCAAUGUCAUCUUGGCCACAGAGUGGGUCUCUGCCUCCAAACGGACGAUGGCCGUGGUCAUCUCCCAGUGCAGCUUCUCAGUGGGGCAGAUAGUGCUGGCUGGCCUGGCCUAUGGAAUUCGGAACUGGAGGUUGUUCCAGAUCGCAGGCACUUCCCCUAUCUUACUGCUGUUCUUCUAUUGGUGGGUGCUUCCUGAAUCUCCAAGGUGGCUGCUGACCCAAGGGAAAGUAGAGGAGGCCAAGGAAUUGGUCCAGAAAGCAGCCUUGAUAAACAAGCACAGCGUGCCUCUCAAGACCCUCAGCCAGCUAGCUCCAGAGAAGGCAGCACCCAAGGGAAAUGCCCUGGACAUGUUCCGGCACCCUUGGCUCCGGAAGGUGACACUCAUUCUCUUCUGUGUCUGGUUUGUGGACAGCCUUGGCUACUAUGGCCUGAGCCUCAACGUGGGGGGCUUCGGCCUGGACAUCUACCUGACGCAGAUGAUCUUUGGGCUUGUGGAGGUGCCUGCCCGCUUUUCUGUCACCUUCAUGUUGCAAAAAUUUGGCAGGAGGAAGAGCCAGAUGGGAACACUGAUCACAGGCGGCCUCAUGUGCCUCGCCAUCAUCUUCGUCCCCUCAAAUUAUCCUACAGUCACCACGGUGCUGGCCGUGGUGGGGAAGUUUGCCAUAUCUGCAGCCUUCACCAUUUCCUAUGUAUACUCAGCAGAGCUUUUCCCCACCAUCAUCAGGCAGACAGGCAUGGGGCUGGUGGCCACGUUCUCUCGGCUUGGAGGCAUCCUCACACCCUUGGUGACCCUCCUGGGUGACUAUCAUCAUGCCAUUCCCAUGGCCGUCUAUGGAUCCUUACCAGUCCUGGUUGGGGUCCUCUGUGUCUUGCUUCCUGAAACUAAAGGAAAGCCCUUAAAGGAUGCAAUAGAUGACCUGGAGCCAAAAGCCCCCAAAGGAGCCCAGAAUUCAGAACCUGAUCCCGCUGAGAAAGGAGAGAUGUCAGCCCAGGAGAAUGGCACUGUGGGCUCUCCCAACACCACCCACUUCUGAGGAGCUGUGGGGCCCUGAUGGCCAGC